AUGCAUGUCAACAAGAUCUCUGUUGCUCUGGUGGCCUCGAUGGCUGCGAUGGCUGAGGCCAACCACCAGGGUCUCCAUGCUCGUCGCGUCAAUCUCGCUCGUGGACACCCGGAGCCCGAGGCUGCCACUACUGGGUUGACCUGGUCGGCUACUCAGUCCCCCGCAGACCAGACCUCUGAUGCUGCUCCCACCAAUGUGGCUUUCAGUGUUGUUCCCACUGGUGCUGUUUCGACUGGUGUGCACAGUGUUGUACCCUCGGGUGCCUCGCCCUCUGUUGCCACUCCCUCGGGUGCCUCGUCUUCUGUUGCCCUCUCUGGUACUGCCAAGCCCUCUGGUGUGAAGCCUUCUGGAACUGGUCCUGCUGGAACCAAGCCCUCUGUCUUCAAGCCAUCGGGAUUCAAGCCCUCUGGAUUCAAGCCCUCUGGAUUCAAGCCCUCUGGAUUCAAGCCCUCUGGAUUCAAGCCCUCUGGAUUCAAGCCCUCGGGUAUCAGCGCCUCUGGCAUCAAGCCUUCUGGCAUCCACUCCUCGGUUGUCUCGCCCUCGGCUGGAAGCACCAACACUGGUGAUGUGGUUGUCACCUACACUUUGGGCUCUGGCACCUCGGCCAGUGUUGUCACCACCACCAUCCACAAGACCACCACUGACCACCACACUGUCUACCAGACUGAGAGUACCAACCCUGGUAAAAUCCCUGGUGGCGAGGAAUCUGAGCAGACCACCACUAUCCACUCCACUUCGACUGCCACUCAGACUGUCACCGUGGUUGAGACUCCCACUGUGUCUGCCUCUCAACCUGCGGGCAACGGAAAUGGCGAGGGUGCUUGCAACCAAGCUACUGUGACUGUGACCGCCACCCAGACCGUGACUGUCAACGCCGGCGCCACCUCUGCUCCGGGUGGUGACCACCACCAGGGACACCCCAGCAAUGGCCAGGGUGAGCACAACGGCCAGGGUAACGGUGAUGGCGAGCAGAACACUACCUCCACCGAGACGUCCUCGACCACUGGCGCCACCAUCCCCACCAUCCCCACUGGCCGUCCUCCUUACGGCACGGGCAACAAGCCUUUUGGCACCGGUGCAGCCCGCCCCACGAGCUUUGCAACCAGCAAACUGCACCACCCGACCUCCAUUGGCUUCAAGCCCACUGGCGGCAAGCCCGUUCCCACUGGCGCUCCCAGCAGUCAAGUUUCCUACCUCAACCACUGGCGCCGCCGCUUCAUCUAA